CUUGAACAACAGCCUCCAUGGACAGGGUGAGGUGGGGGUCCCUGCCUCAAUUUCUUGCUUUGCUUUAACUAGAGUGAUAAAAUUCUAGCAUCCGGUUGUGUCUCACCACCCCACCCCCAGUGCCCUGUGCCUUGGGGAGGAGCCGGUGUUGCUAAAAUUGGGAGAAACUGAAAGACUCCCUGGCCUCCUGAGAAGGGGAGAAGAUGGCAUAGUCAGCUCACGGAGGCCCUGGGCUCUGACCCACCUGUUCCCAGUCCAUGGGCUGCUCAGUGGCACUUGUUAUCCCAGGAGUGUGCUGCUGGCAUCUGGGGCUGGCAUGGCUGACUGCAUGCUUGUCCUGGGAGCCCAGAGCUGAGUGGCACUUAACCCUGAACACAGAGUGCACCUGAACAGAGGCUUUAGCGCCUGGACCUGCAGAGUCUAAAAGCCUUGGUUUGCACCUGCUUUGGGUGCAUGUUCUGUCGUGCUUUAACCCCUGGGUCUUGGUUUCCUCAUUUGUAGUCGGGACAGAGAAUGGAGCUAAGCACAUCUGCUUGUAGGAGAUAUGAGUGGAGGGGCCAAGACCUUUUGGCUCAAUGUGUGGGAUGAAAGUGCAACUUUCUGUGAUGGUACAGAGGGGAGACCCUCCACCUGGUCUGCUCCAUGGUGCCUAACACCCUGGGGACAUCUGAGGGUGGAAUGUGGAGGAGGGUGGAAUGUGGAGGAAGCCAGCUGGCUCCCCUAGCCGGGAAAGGAGCUGGGCAGUGGUGUCCUGGGCUGCUCCUUGUCCUUUCAAGAUGACACCUUAGCUCUGAGUCGGAAUUAACCAUCGACAUCUCAUGGCCCUUGGUGUCAUUUCUGAGCACUGGGCAGCACCUUUGGAUUUUGCUCUUGUCCUUCAUUGGCUCUGGGGGAGAUGGGUGGUCUAUUGAAGUUGCCUGUGGGCUAGAGGUGCCGGGACCCUCACCCCCACUUUUUUCCCCCACAGAUGUGCACUCCCAGCAACACCCCUGCCACACCACCCAACUUUCCUGAUGCACUAGCCAUGUUCUCCAAGCUUCGAGCCUCUGAGGGCCUGCAGAACAGCAACAGCCCCAUGACGGCUGUGGCCUGCUCCCCCCCUGCAAACUUCAGCCCCUUCUGGGCCGCAUCCCCACCCAGCCACCAGACGCCCUGGAUCCCACCCUCUUCCCCCAACUCCUUCCAUCGCCUCCACCGCCCACAGCCCACGUGGCCCCCUGGAGCACCACAGGGGGGCACCCAGCAGAAAGCCAUGGCAGCAGUGGAUGGCCAGAGAUGAGACUGGAUGGCACUGGGCUGGAGUGGGUGCAGUCCAGGGUUGUGGGGACACAGAGCAGGGCUGGGGAGGGGGGAAACACCAGAGGGUGGGGGGGUUCGGAUCGCACUGGAAGAUUUUAUAAGAGAAUUUUUGUGGGGGCGCAGUAAACGUCCUGAGCCACUUGGGUUCUUCAGGAGUUUCUCUUUGGGAAAGUUUUUCCUCUUUUUAAUAUAUAACUAUAAUAUAUAUGAAUAUAAAUUUAAUGUAUGCGCGAGUGGGGCCUGCACACCAGGGUUGUUGGAGUCGGAAGGGAAUGGCCUCAAAAAUCUCUUUCCUUGACAGCACCUCUCCCUCUGCCCAAUUUGGGGGAGCAGAUGGGUGCUCAUAGUCAGAUGGAGUGAGCUUGCAGUCAGGUGGCUGUGCUGCCUCCUUUAGAAGCCACAUCAGCCAUUAGGAAGUGCCCCCACCCCCAACGGAGGUUCCAGAAGCGUCCUGUUGGAAUUGUGGACUUUCCAACCCCAUCACCGGUAGAUGGAGUUUUCAUCUCUGCUGGUGGUGACCUCUCAGUAGCCACGAAACUUGUCACCCUGUCCCCAACUGGGUGUGCAAAGCUGGUAGGACUGAAGAGUUGGCUGACCUCUGAGUGGGUACUUGGCUGUCUGGUCCCUUACUGUCCUGGCUGUCCUGCAGGUCCCCAGCCUCUCUGUCUAGCAUCAGAGGACGACAACUUCGGAGAGCCUGCCUUUGGAUUCGAGUUCCUAAAUUAAAAUCACAUCUCAUCAGGGUGCAAUUUUAAUUUAAAAACUUUAAAAGACUUUUCUAACUAA